AUGCUACAACUGUCUAGGAGGUCACAGAGUUUCAGCCUGCCGUAUCGAGCUAGUACCUCUCCCUCGAAUUCGACUGAGAAAAGCACCAACGCAGAAGAUACUGCCUCCAAACCUCAAGAUGCACAAGUUAAUCACUCUGCUGUAACUCAUAAAACGUUUAGUAUUCUUUUAGCCACGGCGCAAGUUAAAGUCAUCUCGGCACAUGGAGAAACUGCUAAAGUUCGAGCUUUGAUAGACCAAGGAUCGGAGAUUUCUCUCGUUUCUGAACGAUUAGUACAACGUCUGAAGCUUCCUCGGAAUCAUUCUACCUUAUCACUCGUGGGCAUUGGCGCUCAAAAGGCAAAUCAAACUAAAGGCGUAACAUCUUUCAAGAUAGCACCGCAUUAUGACUCAUCUAUAGGUCUUACUGUAUCAGCUCACAUUUUGCCGAGACUUACGUCAUCUGUUCCUUCACUGAAAGCAGAUAGCACUUCUUGGGCUCACUUAAAAGGCAUAACGCUUGCUGACCCGGACUUCUGUACACCCCAAUCGAUAGAUCUUAUAUUAGGAGCUGAUAGCUACAACCAGAUUAUUGAGGACGGAUUAUUAAGAGAAUCGGCCGAUCAACCCAUUGCUCAGUUUACCAAAUUAGGUUGGAUAAUCUCCGGACCUACUGGCUCAUCUAACACAUCGAUUACUGCUAACGGAUAUCAUGUAUCUGUAGAUCAAGAGCUCUACAAUUUACUUCACCGUUUCUGGGAACUUGACAGUGUGCCGUCAUCCGCUCCUCGUUUGUCACCCGAAGAACAACAGUGCGAAAGUCACUUUGCAGCGACUCACAGCAGGGAUACUACGGGAAGAUAUAUUGUUCGACUCCCGUUUAAGCAUUCUACGGAAAAGCUUGGAGAAUCCAAAGCUAAGGCUCAUCGUAUGAUGACACAUCUGUUAACAAAGUUGGAACGAAAUCCCGGAUUGGCUCACUCUUACAAACAAUUCAUGACGGAAUACGAUCAAUUGCAUCACAUGCAGCGUGUUGCAAACUCUCAACCAGAACCUCCUCACGCCUACUACCUUCCUCAUCACGGGGUAUGGCGAGAAAACAGCUUGACUACUAAACUUCGAGUUGUUUUUAAUGGCUCCAGCCGUACAACAUCCGGAUAUUCAUUGAACGACUUACUUCACACUGGAAAAAAACUACAGAAGGAACUCAUCAAUGUCCUCUUUUGGUUCCGAUUAUUUCGCUACGUUUUUACUGCAGACGUGGAGAAAAUGUACAGGCAGAUUCACGUUCAUCUUGAAGAUUGGGAUUACCAACGGAUAAUUUGGAUUGAUGACUCGAAUCAUCUUGUCACGUAUUGUCUUACAACCGUUACCUAUGGCUUGGCGUGUGCACCAUAUCUGGCCCUACGCACCUUUGAACAACUAGUGCAAGACGAAGGAACGAAGUUUCCAUUGGCGGUCUCUACUCUUAACAAGGGACGAUAUGUCGACGACGUGUUCGGUGGCGCAGAUUCAAUUGAGGAGGCCAGCCAGAUUGUUGAACAGUUGCAUCGGUUGUGUAUGGCGGGUGGUUUUCCGCUUCAAAAGUGGACUAGCAAUCACCAAGAUGUUCUUGCCUCGAUUGCGCCGGGAAAGCAGAUCAACGCUACAUCACUUCAAAUUGAAGAAACCUUUCAGGUUAACGCUCUCGGAUUAAUCUGGCAACCGUCUACGGAUACCUUUCAUUUCACGUGGAAUUUGACUGCAACCGACGUCAUCACUAAACGCUCAAUACUAUCUAUCGUUGCCAAGUUGUUUGAUCCUCUUGGAUUCCUCUCACCAGUUAUAAUUCAAGCGAAGGUUCUUAUUCAGGAACUCUGGACGAUCAACUUAGGUUGGGAUGAUCCCGUGCCCUCGCACAUAUCACAGAAGUGGACUCACUAUCUUACACAAUUCCAAGAUAUGCCCAACUUUUCCAUACCUAGAUGGAUCGGAUUUAAAUCGGAUUACAAAAUGGAGAUCCAUGGAUUUUAUGACGCGUCUCAGAAAGCGAUCGCAGCUGCUGUAUAUAUUCGGACUGUAAACUCUGACGGGCAUGUAAACACUACGCUCUUAUCGUCUAAAACCAAAGUUGCCCCGUUGAAAAGACAGACUAUACCGCGAUUGGAAUUAGCAGGAGCGGUUCUGUUAACUAAACUUGUAUCAUGUAUUCUAGCGGUAUACGAAAUCCCUGACGUUCCUAUUUAUCUUUGGACGGAUUCUGCGAUUACUCACACGUGGCUUACGAAUCAUCCAUCACGAUGGAAAGAAUUCGUUCACAAUCGAGUGUGCUACGUUCAAGAGACUCUCCCUCACGCUCGAUGGAAUUUCGUACCUGGGAAGGACAACCCAGCAGACCUGGCUACCAGAGGUUUGACACCUAACCAAUUGCUUGACGAGCUUGCCUGGUGGACAGGACCACCAUGGCUGUCCGAUCAUUCUUCAACGUGGCCUAAAGAACCGCAGAAACCACAUCAAAGCGUGCAUCUGGAAGAAAAGGCGGUUCAAGUUUCUACAAUCAGCACGAACAUGAGUACCACACUAUGGGAUCUUAUUCACAGAUACUCUAACUUAACACGAUUGAGUCGCAUCACAGCCAUCUGUCGACGAGUCAUAUCUAGAUUGAGAGGAACACGCACUUCAUCAAUGACUCACCCGCUAGCUCCUGAAGAGUUAGAAAGCUCAAUGCUUUACUGGGUAAAAGCCGUUCAGCAACUUACCUUUCACUUGGAGAUAAAAGCACUGUCAAACGGCAAUCCACUUCCCAAGGCCAGUUCGCUACUGCGUCUUACGCCAUUCAUUGAUUCAGCCGGACUCAUUCGCGUCGGAGGACGCCUUCACUCUGCCGCACUGUCUAAUAAUGCUAAGCAUCCGCUAAUAUUACCGAAGAAUUCGACCUUGACUACACUUCUGAUUGCUGACGCUCAUAACCGUACAUUACACGGAGGGACACAAGUCACCUUGGCUUUCAUACGUAACAAUUAUUGGAUUGUUGGUGGACGGGCUCCGGUCCGCUCUUUUAUUCUUAAAUGCGUACGAUGUUCCAGAUUUCGUCAGAAGAGAGCACAGCAGCUGAUGGGCCAGCUCCCAAUCGAAAGAGUCACUCCGUCUAGACCUUUCUUGCAUUCAGGGAUUGAUUACGCCGGCCCGCUGCUUAUCAAAACUUGGAGGGGUCGAAACGCUCGUACAUACAAAGCAUACAUAGCCUUAUUUGUGUGUCUAUCCACAUCUGCCAUUCACCUGGAAUUUGUAACGGAUUAUACCGCAGAUGCCUUCAUUGCAGCCUAUAAGAGAUUCGCAGCCAGGCGUGGAAUAUGCGCAACUCUAACUAGUGAUUGUGGAUCAAAUUUAAAGGGGGCUGACGAAGAACUCAAACGUCUUUUAUCUUCUUCAUCACAGGAAUUUGGUCGACUGGCCGCUAUGCUUGCAAACGAUGGAACACGAUGGAAAUUUAUCCCGCCAGCAGCUCCGCACUUUGGAGGAAAAUGGGAGGCUGGCGUCCGGUCAGUUAAGAACCAUGAGUUAAGAACCUGA